AUGUUGAGAGCAUCUAUCACCAAGAACCGCAUACUAUGCGGUACAUCGUCCACUACCCGUUUAAGCGGUACUGCUCUUAGGCACGUCAGAUUGUAUUCUAACGAUGAUAUAUCCAACCCAUCUUCUUUAGCUAAGUCAUCGAAUUUACCAAAAAUUGAACAACAGUUACUUAAGAAACCUGCCAGACAACCAAAGAAGAAAUCGCCAUUCCUUUCAUCGCAUGCGAUUGAAAAUGAUCCUAACUACAAGAUGAACUCGUUUUUGCAGCUGUUUGGGCAGAGUCUUAUCAAAAUCUUCAACAUAGACAUGGAUAAAUCAAGAGCAGGACCUAUUGCCGGAUCCAAGUACUAUGGUGAAUGUAAGAAACAAGCGUUAUAUUACCCAAAUGAACCUCUCCUGGAGUCUGCCAAAUUCUAUUACGAAACUCUUAAUUUACCACAGUCAUUCUCUCAAUGGUUCCAGAUCACUGCGUUACACUAUUGGAUAUUGUCUGUCAGAAUGAGAGCAUUACCCUUCAAGUACUAUAGAGCUUAUCAGCAAAAGCUCGUGGAUAGAUUCUUCAGAGAUAUGGAAUUAAGAAUGUCUGAGGAAAUGGGGAUCAGUUCAAAUAGAAUCAUUGAAGGUUACUUGAAAGAGUUUAACACUCAAUUAUUGGGUUCUGUAUUGUCCUACGAUGAAGGUUUAAUGACUGACGACAUUACCUUGGCUGCUGCUUUAUGGAGAAAUAUAUUUAAUGGUAACCCUAACGCUGAUAUGAGACACAUCGAAGCCUUAUUGGGACAUGUCAGACAACAAUUAUACGUUUUAAACAAAAUGUCAGAUAGACAGUUCGGUUUUGGAGAUUUCAAGUUUGUUGAGCCAAAUGAAGUGGUGAAGCCAUUGACAAAGGCCCAAGAGGUAGAGUUAAGAGCAGCUGUCAAGAGAAAUUAUGAGAACAUGGAUUUACCUUCACAGAGAAGUGUCUUAAGCUUGAACGAGUAA